AUGUCGUCAACAGCGUCGGUGGCUACGGAAAGCCGGCUGUGGAGGGCUCUCUUUGCCCUCCCGAUCCUCGCGUUCUCCGGUCUCAUGAUCCGAGCAUUUGCGAUGGGCGAACCGGUUGGUCCCGUCAUACAAAACAUGCUCGAAAAUUCGCAGUUUACGUGGGGCGGAGGCAACGUCAGGAUCCUCCGGGAAUUCUAUGGUAUCCCCCUGUUGGACGGGAUCUUUGCUCAUAUUACGGUUGCCUUCGCUCAGUUGCAAUUCUUUUCCGAUCCACGAGCAUAUUGGCACUCACUUGUCUUCCUUACCGACUUUGCUGGCAUGUAUAUGGUAUUCUUGAUCGAAGGCUACAGGCCGGCGAAUGGGUUUCCCCUUGUACGAUUCCCAUUUAUAAUCCUAUUUCUCGCGCAACUCCUGGGAAUUGGCUUUCUAGCCCCCGUCUAUUUCUUCCUCUUUUACGUUUUUACGCCGGCGUACAAACUUACUACCCCGAGACUUCAUCGUCCGGGAGUAGCAUCCUGCAUCGCCCUGUUGCCAACCAUUGCAUUGUCAUACUUCUCUUCACACUUCCCUUCUUACUUCCAUCCUUCCCUUGAAGCAAGAAAUUGGUGGAACUGGAUCUGGCAGCUUUUCCCAGUAUGGGGAUCGUUCACAAUGCUUGUCAUCUCCAAGACAAUCUCCGGUGUUAGCAAGACACGGUCGACCAAGGAUGAUUCCAAUCAGGAGCUAGUCAUCCUCAGGGUCACUGUAUACUUGCUUGCAUUCAUCAGCACAGCAACAUGGUGGUACACUAUUCCAAAUAUUAAGGGCCCCUUGUCUGAGGUUUUCAUGCCCCAAUAUUUCGUCGAGUCCCCCCAAGAUCCAGACGAGUGCCUUCGGACCAUCAUUCAAUAUGAUUACGUGUGCACCUACUCGGCUGGUUUUCUCUGGCUUGCAUAUCACUUUAGUGAUCUGGAGAAGGCUGGCAUUUGCGAAUUGCCCUGGAUUCGAGCUUUGGCCGUUGCUGGCGUCGUGGGGGCUGUUGUUGGUCCUGGAUCGCUCUUCAUUUUGAUUUGGCUUUUGAGAGAGGAACUCCUGGCGUCGCAAGCAUCAGUAAGAGAGCCUGAGAAGUUCUGA